CGGUGACACAGCAGCGCCGGCGCGGGGCCGGGCGGAGCGCGGGGAGGCUGCGGCCGGAGCGGGGCCGGGCCGGGCCCUCCGCCGCUCAUGGCCCUGCCCGGGGCCCGCUCCGCCCGCCCGGAGCCCGGGGAGAGCCCGGCCCUGAGCCCGCAGCGCCGCCGCGAGCGGAGCAGAGCGGCCCCGGCCCCCGCGGAAAAGCCCUGAGGGAGGCGGGAGCCGGCGGCGAGGAGGAGGAGGAGGAGGAGGGGGAGGAAGCGAGGGAAGGAGCCAGGGGAAAACAGGAGCGGGAAGAGCUCGGAGCGGAGCCCGGGAGCGGCCGGAGCGCGCCGGAGGACAGCCGGACACCCCCGCAGCCAACGCCGGACCCGCCACCCCUCCUCGGCGACACCGCGCUGGAACUCCGCUUCCCGGCAAACCCCAUCCUCCUCUCCUCCUCCUCCUCCUCCUCCUCCUGCUCCUCCUGCUCCUCCUGGCGGUGCCGCUGCCGCCACCAGCGGUGUCACCGCAGGGCCACCAGCGGUGUCCCCGCCCGGUGCGCGCCGCUCCCGCGGGCAGCCGAGCGCGGCGGCGCUAAGAUGGUGAGAGCUGCCCGGGCCGGGCCGGGCGGGCAGCAGCGGCAUGGACACCGGCCCGGCCGCCUAGGGAACGAUGGACUCGCGGAGCCGCCGGGAUGCGCAGCGCACGGAGCGGCCCGCCAGCGGCACCGGCAGCACCGGCAGCGCCGGCGGCAGCGGCACCGGCAGCGCCGGCCCUAGCGAGGGGGACGGGGAGCGGGAGCGCAUCCGCGGCCGCAUGAGGAUGGUGAUCGGGCAGCUCGAGGGCAUCCUGCGGGAGCUCAAGGAGGUGGCCAAGGAGCUCCGCGAGGUCGUGUCCCAGAUCGACCGCCUGACGUCGGACUUCGCUCUGGACCUGGAGCCGGAUGCUUGGACUCCGGCCACGGCCAGCAGCACGUCCAGCAGUGACCGGGGCGGGGCCAGCCUCGAGCUGGGCCCGCUGGACUUCGCCGCCUCCGACGUCCUCUCGGACAGCUGGGAAUUCUGCUCCUUCCUGGACGCCUCCACGCCCUCGGACCCCGGCGAUUGCCCGGAGCCUCCGCGGCCGCCGCCGGCCCGGCUGAUGAACGGGGGGGUCCCCGUGGCCAACGGCCCCCGCGGGGGCGGGGGGACCCCGGAUUCCUCCAGCGAGGAAUGUUUUGGGAGCGCCACCGUUCCCAAAAUGCCGGCCCAGCGCCCGGCGGGGACGCGGGAGCGCGUCCGCUUCAGCGACAAGGUGCUCUACCACGCCCUGUGCUGCGACGACGACGGCGAUGCCGACGACGGCACCGACAUUCCCAACGAUCCCGCCAGGAAGGGGCCUCGGGAGCAGCUCCCGAGGAACCCGGGCGUGAUCCCGAUCCGCAGGGCCAUGAGGAACAGCAGCACCCAGACCGUGGCCGAUAAGAGCACGCAGACAUUGCUGCCCUACGUCCCGGCCAGGCAGAGAAUUCCCAACAAAAACUGAGCCCGGAUCCGGGUUUGGAAAGGGUUUGGGGGAGGGGGAAAAUCGCUGGGAAAGGGGCUGGAAAAGAUCUAUAUAUAAAUAUAAAUAUAUAUUUCAAUAAAUCCGUACUCCUGAUAAA